GUUGUUGAAAAAUUAAUUCGAGGUUUGGGCAUGGAAGACAGCAGAAAUAUGUUUGCCUUGUUUGAAUACAAUGGAAUUACAAAUAAAGCCAUUGAAAGUAGAACUGUUGUGGCUGAUGUCUUGGCAAAGUUUGAAAAGAUUGGUGCCACUUCAGAAGGUGACCAUGCAGCAUGGAAAUUUUAUUUCAAACUCUACUGCUUCCUAGACAUUGAGCAUGUACCAAAAGAUAGUGUGGAAUUUGCAUUUAUGUUUGAGCAGGCACAUGAAGCCAUGAUUCAGGGCCAUUUCCCAGCUCCUGAAGAAACCCUCCAGGUCCUUGCCGCCUUGCGACUCCAAUAUUUACAAGGGGACUAUUCUUCAUCUAAUGUUACAGUACCGGAAAUGGAAGAUGUCUACCCCUUGCAGAGGCUGAAGUCUCGUAUUGUUCAAUCCACUAAAGUUCUUGUGCCAACAGAGAGGUUUGAGAGGAAGCGGAACAACUUUCUGGAAGGAACUCUAAGGAGGAGUUUCCGGAGCAGUUCUAUUACUAAGCAGAAGAUGGAAGACGAUCAGAUGCUUAACAUGUGGAUUAGGGAAGAGAUCUCUGCAGCCAGGACUAGUAUGCUUGAUAAAUGGAAAAAAAUGCAGGGAAUGACUCAAGAGCAAGCAAUGGCAAAGUACAUGAAUUUAAUUAAGGAAUGGCCUGGCUAUGGGUCAACACUCUUUGAUGUAGAGGUGAGCAUGCCAACUUUCCACCAUAUAAUCAUGGAUUAAGAGGUUAUAACUAAGUAUUAUAAUGUGUAGCAGGCAGCACUUAAAAUUUCUGCAUUAUAAUUUCUGCAUUUCCUCUUCUCCUGAACUGUUUUGCUAGU